AUGAAACUGAAGUACUCUAAAAUAUUAUUAUUUUUCAUUCUAUUAAAUAUAUUGGUAAGUUCCCCUCAAAAAAAUCCAUCCAUCAUAACAACACAUCAUACAGCAACUACUAUAUCACGAGUAAUAAGCGAAGGUGACACACAAUCGUCAAUUUAUGAUAAUGAUGCGGAUAUCAAAUCAGUGAAAGAAAAUUUUGAUAGACAAACUUCACAACGUUUUGAAGAAUACAAAGAACGUGUGAAAGAUAAACGCCAAAAACGUAAAGAAGAACGUGACAAAAAUAUACAAAACAUUAUUGAUAAAGAUAAAAGGGAAAAAUCAUUAGAAGAGAAAAUAGAAAAAGGUUGUCUUAGGUGUGGAUGUGGGCUAGGAGGUGUUGCUGCAAGUGUUGGAUUAUUCGGGGGAUUGGGUACCUAUGGCUGGGAAAUGUCUGCUACUGCUGCGGCUAUAGCUAAGGUUGCUGCGGACGCUAAAGCCGCUGGUGAUGCUGCAGGUGUGAAUGCACUAAUUGAAAAGUUAAAAGAAACAUUCGGUAUAGAGGAAUUAUGGGGUAGUUCAUUGGCAGAUGCCGUUACUACAGAAAACUACUUUGAUGCGGCUAUAAUUGUUGAUGGUGUCAAACAACAAUAUGAAUUAUUGUGCAAGCCACUCUCAACAUGUGACGUAUAUUCGAGACCUUACUUUUACAAAAGUAUGCCAAGAGAUGAAGGUACACUAAAUGUAGUAAAAGGUGCAAAAAUGCUUGUUGAAGAAGCUGUGAAAGAAGCUACUAAAGUAACUACUGAGUUUACUGGAACUGAAACAGCAGUUGAAAGUUCACAUUUAUACAGUGCUAUUGGCUACUCCGUCCUUGUCAUAUUGAUUAUUGUUUUAGUUAUGAUAAUAAUUUAUUUAUUUUUACGUUAUCGACGAAAAAAGAAAAUGAAUAAAAAAGCUCAAUACACAAAAUUAUUAAAAGAAUAG